CUUCCCGCCAAAGACACUCGGACCUCAGUUCCACAUGGAAAGCUUAAAUUACGGUCAUUAUUUGCUUUGUGAAGCGGGGAGAUAAAACGCAAAUGAGAGUUCACCCUCCUUUCUUUCUACCUUAACCAAGAUCUGAGAGUGGACACGAGGAAGCGAGUGGAGAUAUGAGAGACCCCAACACCACAGAAACUAGCGCAUCCCUUGGAAACAACACAUUUCUGCCCCGCGAAAGCAUACAAACAGCACGUCUUCGUCCAGUCACAAACAAUCAUUCUUCACAUCAAAUCAUCACCUUCCAUACCUAGUACUCACACAAUGUCAAUCAGCCGCAAAUGCAAAUCUUCCGCCUCGUCAUCCCCCGGCACACAUCCCACCGAACAAUGUCUACCCCUCCGGAAGAUCUUGGCACCUUCUCCAGACAACAACCCGCAAUCUAUACCGAACAUCCACCUCUCCACUGCAAUCCAAUUAAGCUUUCCCCAUAAUUUCUUCGUUAUUACAGGCCAUAAUAAGAUACAAUAUAUUAUUCAACAGCCAUGCAUCCAUCGUUCCAAAAGUCGAUUUUCAUCCCGUCUUAUUCUUGGUUUUCGCCUUACCGUGAAUAAUGUUGCUCUUCCUCUUCCUCCUGGGUAUUCUCCGCCUCGCUUCGGCUGCUGGCCCCUUUUUCACAUCUCUCAGUGAAAUUUUCACAUCUCUCAGUGAAAAUCAACACGUGCUAGGAAACGAUAUCUGGAACAUCACAGUCGGAACCAGAUACGGCACAAAACUCUACUACAAAGGAAGAGAUCUCGUCGGAAACGCAGCAGGACAUUAUGUGAGCCACAGCGGCGGAUCGUCUCUCGACUGGACAUCCGCAAAAAUAUUCUCUCAGAACGAACAAUUCCUAGAUGUAGUCUUCGAGUCUCCGCUUGGAGAUUUCCACUGGGUUAUCUUUCCGGAUUUGGCGGGCGCGUAUCAGUAUUUCGUCAAUAAAGCUCUACCGACGCUUGGCGAAUUUAGGACGUUGUUCAGGCUUGAUAAUACGACUUUUGUGAAUGGGAAGACGGCUGUGAAGGAAGGUGCACUUCCCACCCUCGCCGAAAUCGCCACUGGCACAAAAGUAGGAGACGAAACCUGGCAGCUCCCAUCCGGAUCCUACAUAACCAAAUACGACUGGUCGUCUUUUAUACGGCCCACCUCUCACUCCCAAUCUAACGACAUCUCCACCAAUUUCCACGGGGUGUACGGCCCUGGUUUUGGAAGCUGGUUCAUCACGCCUGGGAAAGAUGAGUAUAAUGGCGAUCAGCUGAAGCAGGAAUUGUUAUUGCAUAGGGAGAGUAGGACGGGAGAGGUGGUAUUGCUGAAUAUGUUACAUGGGACGCACUUUCAGGCGAGUAGUAAUGAUGUUUUUGAGGUGGGGAAGACGUGGGGGCCUUGGCUGUGGUAUUUGAACGACGGUUCCAUCCCCGACGCCACCCACCGCACCACUGUCGAAUCCUCCACCUGGCCCUACCCCUGGUUCACCACCUCCCCCUCCUACCAAUCCCGCGGCUCCCUCUCCGGCACCCUCCACCUCUCAACCGGCUCUCCCGCCUCGAACGCAGCCAUCUUCCUCGGCGACAACCAUUCCAACCUCUCGACCCUCGACCAAGGCUCCAAAAACUACUACACCACAUUCACCUCCCCCUCCGGCACCUUCUCCAUCCCCAACAUCCGAUCUGGAUCCUACGCCCUCUCCGCCUGGUCGAAUGGCGCCCCGAUAGGUGGUGUGAGUACCGUGUUUGUGAAGAACGAUGUUGUUAUUACGGCUGGGAAGGAGACGAGUCUGGGAGAGAUGGUGUGGAAGACGCAGGGAAGAGAGGAGAUCUGGAGGAUUGGAGAGAUGGAUAGGAAGGCUUUGGGGUUUGGGUUUGGCGGGGCGGAGAGGCAGCAUGGGUUGAGUGAUAAGUGUGCUGCGAACUUCACGUUCACGAUUGGGAGGUCGAGGGUGGAGGAGUGGUGUUAUGCGCAAUCUUCUCUUGGGGCUUGGACUGUGAAGUUCACUCUUCCUAGGGUUGGAGGAGGAGGGGCUGCGAAUUCAAUCACAUUGCCAGCGGCUGUACUAUCCGUCAGUCUCGCGGGCUACUCGAGAGGUGUGGAUAGUCAGAUAAGUGUCAAUGGUGUGGGUGUGGGGAGUAUGUUGAGUAAAGAUAUACCGAACGAUCCUGCGAUGUAUCGGAGCGGGACGACGGCUGGGGAGUGGCAUUACUUUGAGUUUGGGGUGCCGGAGGGGGUGUUGAAGGGUGGUGGAGAGGGGAAUGAGGUUGUGUUUAGGGUGAUGAAGGGGUCGAGGUGGGGUGGGUUCAUGUGGGAUGCUGUGAUGUUGGAAUGGGCUUGAGAGGAGGAGGCUAGCCGACGUGUUGAGCAAGAAGGCAAGCAAUUUUUAGAAUGAUAGGCAAUAGCCGAUUCCUUGCACACAUAUUUUAUUUGAUAUGUCCGCCACGAUUCGAACUAAACAGGAUCUUUUGCUCGCAGGAGCUUAUUUAGAAUUCGGUAACCGCAGUCCUUUUGUAUCUCGGGUAAGAACUACUGCUCCAGGAUCGACUUGAGACUUUCUCGUGCAAGAUCUUGGGGAUCUGGAAGGAGAGGAAAGAAAUGCAGUUAGCAAGUUCUUUGGAAAUAUGGUAGCGUUAAUUUUCGUUAUUGUUAGCUUGAUUUUACCACACCUGAAAGGAAAACCUGGCUGAGUCUAUCCCA